UCUUAAAUUCGAAGUUGCGAGACCUCUGAGACUUGCUACUUCUCUACGGAGGUGUUGAGUCAUACAGCCGCUGGGUGUCCGGAUCACCAGGAUACCAGUAUGGCCUGUCCGUUGACCGAGAAGAAUUCAAACAGCUCUCUUAAGAGUACCAAUGCUCGUCAUAAAGCCUCCUCUGUGGAGUCUGAGUCUGUACAGUCAGAGCUACCAGUUAAUUUUGGAGAGGUCGUGAAAGGGAUAUAUCGCUCUUCCUUUCCCUACCCCUGGAAUCUUGCAGCACUCAAGAAGCUGGGACUGAAGACCAUAAUAACACUGGUUGAUGAACCAUACCCCCCAAGCCAUGUGAUGUUCGUCAAGGAGAACGGCAUUGCACAUCAUCGCAUUUUGGUUCAGGCAAACAAGGACCCUAAUGUUAAGAUACCUGACUCUGUCAUGUGUCGAAUCCUCGAGCUUUUGCUCGAUAAAACCAAUCAUCCUGUUCUCGUCCAUUGCAACAAGGGAAAGCAUCGUACCGGAUGCGUGGUUGCCUGUUUUCGCAAACUUCAAGGCUGGGAUUCAUGCGACGUCAUUGACGAAUACCUUCGAUAUGCCUUUCCAAAACCGAGAUUACUCGAUGAAAACUACAUCGACCGAUUUGACCCAUCCCAACUUCAUCAACUUGCUCAGUCUUCCGGUGUCAAGACGUGGCAAUCAUCUGGGCUCUUCAAGAUGCCACCGGAAGAACAGGACAGAGACAAGGAUUCCCCAAAUUGCCACGUCCCUCCAUCCCUUUAAAGAGGCCCAUGCGGUUCUAUGACUCACAUCAUAGAUAUGACCAGACCUCCACCCUCCGACUUUCCAUUGGUCAAACGACCUCCAUCCUGACAAUCCGAUACUCCUAGUGGCGGCUCUUUCGGCCACCUGUCCCUUAUCAAAGGACAGUAGGAAUGAUCGGUUUAGGACACCAUACUACCUCGUUCCUAUUAGAACUACUCCCUAACUAUUUCUUUCCUGAACUAAAAAAGCAUAAAAUACUUGUCGACGGCUGGAUCGUGUUAAAGAAGACUCCAUGCUGUGUCGGAGGGAUUUUCAUUUUUGCUAUACUCUCUUAUUUUAUACCCCCCAAAUGCCUCAAAAUAGACUGGUUCCUGGUACUUGUUGUCACUCCGUCA